AUGAAUUUUACUUUGAAAAAUUCAUUUUUAUUUAUUUGCUUACUGUGCUGUUUAUUGAGCACUUAUGUCCGUGUCAUUGAGGGACAUAGAGCACGACCCGGUGAAUCAAGAAAAAACCCAAGAGAAAUUAUAAAAACAUUUAAAGAGAGUGGUAAAGGAAUGAUUCAAGGUUAUUACCCAUCAUGGGUUUCUUAUAAUCAUAACUUGAAAGAUUUAAAUCCUAAUUUAAAUGUUGUACAUAUGUCUUUUGCUAAGAUGGAUUUAUCCUAUGACAGUAUAGAGAGUAUUGUUGGUUCUCCUUCACUUUUUAAGUCAUUAAUAGGUUUAGAAUAUAUAGGGUUAAACGAGUAUUUUAAUGAUGCCAUGAAUUUAAGAAAAGCUCGUCCAGAUAUUAUUAUGCUUUUAUCUCUUGGAGGAGAAACAUAUCAUCCAAGUUCAUUUGAAUCUGCUUUAAAUGCUGUUGAGAAAAUUGCAAAUUUAGUUGAUGAAUUAGGAUUUGAUGGAAUCGAUGUAGAUUAUGAGCCUAAUGGAUCUUUUGAUGGUUUGAACGAAAAAACGAAAGCUGAUUUUUUCGUACAAUAUGUAACAAAAUUGAGGGAAUAUAUGUGUGAUGAUAAAUUAAUUUCUAUAUCCCAAUCAUCUAAUGGAGCUUUAAGUUGUAUAGGGUUUAAUGAUCCUAAGAAAAUAUGUAUGGAUGAUGAAGCACCAUAUAAUUCAAAAUAUUUUAGUAAACCUGAUGUAAAAAAAGAGUUACUAAGAGCUGCACAAAUGGCUUCAGCUGGAGGAGCAAUAUAUUUAAUGAAUAAUUUAAAGGAUAUGAUUGAUAUGGUUUUUGUACAAACCUUUAAUUAUACAAAUUCUACAGAUUCAACAGUUAUGAAAGAAUUAUAUGAUUCUUAUGCUUAUUAUGGAAAGAAAUAUGAUUAUGUUAUUAUAAUGGGAUUUACUUUGAUGUUUCCUUCAACUCCUUUUAAUCCAAAUGAUAAAACGUUUGUAAAAACCAUUGGUGAUUUUGUAAAGACAGAAAAUAAAUUAAAUAAAAGAGCUGACGGAUUUGGAUUAUGGUCUUUAUCUUCUGAUAACGCUGUACAUAAUGAAAAAUUAGCAAUUGAAAAUUUCGUAGAAUCUUUACAUUAA